AUGCGUUCAUCCCUCCUCCUCCUCAACACCAUCUUCACCAUCCUCCUCUCUAAUACCACCACAGUCCUCGGAAACCCCGUCCCAGAAAAUGGUAAUCUCCUCGACGCCCGCCAGGUCGGCUUCCCAGGCGGCGGACCUACCACAGGAGCCUACGAAGUCUGCGGCUGUCAAGGCGGACAAACCAGCGCCUGCUUUGAAGAGGAUCGAGGAACUGUCGAUGCGAUAGCUACGGGGUCUUCAAGUGCGACACAGACCUCCAAGACUGCAAAAACAAGCAGUGUGGAUGCUGCCGGUAUGUCUAUCCACUUUUUGGUUGUACUUCUGUGUAUUCCUGAUAAUGCUGACAUGCGUUGA